CGAAGCUUCAUAAGUUAUAAACUAGCUAUAAACAUUUUAUACGUUAAAUUAGUCAUAGCUCAGAAUUGCACAGUUGUUUGAACAUAAAAUAUGUCUGUUAUAUUGAAUUAUGUACUUCUAAUUCUGGUUAUUCCGGUUACUAUUGGUGCUUCAAGUUCAGGAGACCAUGAAAAGCCUAGGAUAAAAAGUCAGAAUGAUGUUGGUCAGAUUCAAGCUACCAACAGCACUUCCGACCCAUGUUCUCCGUAUGAUCCUCCGAAGCCUAAUUUCUACAGAUCUGACAGAAGAAUAAGCGAAACAAAAUGCUUCGAUUAUAUUUGGCAGUUAAAGAACAGAGAUGAUAAAGAAAAUCGAUUAUUGGAUUGUGAAUUAAGUCGUGGAAUAGAUACUGACGACGAUACGUUUCAAACGAUUGGAGGAAGAAUCACGGAACCUGGUGAAUUUCCUCAUAUGGGCGCUUUAGGAUGGAGAGCAGUUAAUACUGGAACUUGGAUAUUUAAAUGUGGAAGUACAUUGAUAAGUGAGAAUUAUUUGAUAACUGCUGCACAUUGUUCACGAGUACCGUCAGGUGAUACAACAGUCGCUAAUCCACGACCAGAAAUCGUACGGCUCGGUAACAAGAACAUUUUUGGAUUCUCUCUCAACGAACGAUUCAAUGAUAUGAAGAUUAAGCGCAUAAUCAAUCAUCCAAACUACAUGCCCCCUAAGAAAUAUUUUGAUAUUGCAAUCAUUGAGAUUACCGAAAGCGUUCGAUUUACAAAAUAUAUACAACCAGCUUGUCUCUGGAGUGAUUUUGAUACAAAAAGACUUGGAACUCAAUCUGCUCUUACUGGUUGGGGCGUCACAGAGUAUAGACACAAUAAAGCUAUAGGAACAAUAUCAGCAGAAUUACAAGCUGCAGUAGUGGACAUCAUAGACUCAGAUCUCUGUGAUAGACUUCUGCGUCCCUCGUGCAAUAGACAUUGGUGUGGCUUGGAGUCUCAUCAGAUUUGUGCUGGGAAACUAGCUGGAGGAGUUGAUGCCUGUAAGGGUGAUUCAGGUGGUCCACUGCAAGUAGAAAUUCCUUUGCCGAUAGCCUCUCAAGGUUCCAUGCAUUAUAUAAUUGGAAUUACAUCAUUUGGUAUCGGCUGUGCCAGACCCAAUAAGCCCGGUGUAUACACCAGAGUGUCUAGCUUUGUCGACUGGAUCGAGGACAUCGUGUGGCGUGGACUUUAGGUAACAACUUAGAUAAUUUAUACGUCUAGAUAGAGCCUCUUGCUGUAAAAAAAGCUACGUCUUACACUCGCGAUUUCUAUGUCACUUUGUGUUAGCGAGCGUGCAUUGCUCAAAAUUGAAGUCAACCUUUUUUUUUCGACGUUUCCACAGCUUUGACAGCCUAUCUAGACGUAUAAAUAAUCUAAGGGUAAUAAUUUUCCCGACGAAUUCAUAUAACUUAAAAACAGGAGAGUGAAUUUCUUUAAAUCAUCAGGCACUUUUGCCUCAACGCAUUUUUUACCCAAAUAAAGAGAUAAAGCAUU